ACACUUGUAUGCAAUUACCCACUAUUAAAUUCCUGGUAUUUCAGCCACAGAUCCAUCCGAGUCUUCUCCUUCUCCUCCUUCCUCUUCUUGUUGCACAGAAUCAAUGGCAGUAAGGGCUUAUUCCACCACUCAAAUCCUGGUUCUAGAUUCUUGUCCUAUCAGGAGGCCUGUUGGUAGAAUCAUGGUGAUGCUUGAACACAGGAGUCAAGUUUCAGUCAGGAAGAUAGCAGCACUUGAGAUCAAAUCCUCCUUCAGAAACAAGGUUUUUGAGGAUCAGUCCAAGGGUAUAGUUUGUUACAGAGAUGAUAAAGGGGAGAUAGUCUGUGAAGGAUAUGAUGAAGGCCCUCGUCUACACCAUGAGCUGCAGAGGAAAAACUAUCAUCCAAGGGAUGCAGAGAUCAUUGAUCUUCUUCAACAAAACUGGCUUCAGAUAGUUAAAGGGGAUGAGGUCGCAGUUGGUGUGCCAGAGGACCUCAACUGGAAUGGUUAUAACACAUACUGGUGAUCAGAGAACAUGGGCACAUGCCAUUUCCUUCAACCAUGAACUGUAUGUAAAAAAGGCUUACACUUUGGUUCUUGUAUUGAAAUGCAUCCUUUCGAUUUCCUCUUCACAAAGAACAUUUUCCCCCUUCUCUCUCACCCCAUUAUUUUCUUGUUUCACUUCUCCCCCUUUAAAUAAAUAAAAAUUGUACAUGCCAACA